AUGCCUAAAAUUGAGUCUGUGGUGCGAACACCAAGAGGGAAGGAGAUUACAAAGGAAACAAAGAAGAAAAGCAAGUUCAAAUGCUUUUUUAAGAGGAAGUCUGCAGUUGGGGACUCCUCUCAAAAUCAAAAUGUCUGCAAGAGUAAGAAGCAAGAAGCACUUCCCACCAUCGAAGAAUCUUGUCUCAUUCUAUAUGCCUCAUAUGAAAUCAGACAAGGCAAGGUUGAAGUUACAUGCCCAGACACAGGCUGUGAGGAUGGUGGCAGCCUCUUCAUAACUGAACUUCAAGAGCUUGUCCCAGAGGAAGUUUGGAAUUUACGAGAACGUCUUAAACUCUUCAGAGAAAUAGAAGAGGAUCCUACUCGUUGCUGGUGUCCAAAGCCAACUUGUGAAGGAGUUUGCAGUUCCCAAGAUGAGGUUCCACUGAAAGUAAAACAAAAGAUAACAUGUCCAGAAUGCCAGUUGAACUUCUGCUCCAAGUGCCUGAGUGAUUGGCACCCAAAUCCUGAUUGUCAAGAAGCUCCUCCCCCACACUCAUUUGCCAUCCCUGCAGAUCUCAAAAAUGUGAUCAAGCGCUGUCCCUUCUGCAACAUCUUCAUCGAAAGGGAUGCUGGUUGUGCCCAGAUGUUUUGCAAGCGGUGUCAUCAUAUGUUCUGCUGGCAUUGCCUUACCAUCCUUGAUUAUGACUACCUUCUUCGCCAUUAUACUUCUGGGCCCUGCAAAGGCAAGCUGGGGCACUCACGCAUCUCGGUGUUGUUCUAUCGCAUCCAGUUCAUCGGCAUUGUUCUUGGAUUUGGACUUGUUGCCAUCUUAGCAUCCCCUCUCUUGAUUGUCAUGGCUCCUUGUGUUUGUAUGUAUGGAGCUGUGUGUCAUAAUCGGAAGUAGGGAAGGGAACCAUCCUGUGAAUUUCCCAUUGAGAGAUAUACUUCUUCAGUGAUGCAUUGUCCCAUAUUUAUUUUUUUCAUAAUGAGGAUGUCAUCUUUCAGUGACUCUUAGCUUGAAUGAAUUUAACUUUUAAUAUCCCAUUUCACCAGUUGGACCUUUAGGCAGGCUGUUAUAAGUUGACUGUACCAGUCACUUGUGAUUGAUCCUUGCAUUGUGAUAUGUGGAGGAGUUCAUGAUAAGUCGUCCAUCUAUGUCUUCAUUUAUUUUACAUUUGUAUUUGUGUCCUAUCCCUUUUCAUAAAUUUUGAGAGUAUGAUACAUUGUAAGGCUAUGACAUCUUUAUGAUCUUCCCAGUUUAUAGUAAUGUGGGUACUUACCUGUAGGAAAUUUGAUAGGACAUCGAACGAAUUAGGAGACAUGACGUUUUACAGGAUUGCCUGCAUAUAUAAAAUUAAAAAUUCGUGAGAGUUGCAUAUUCACAAUGAGAGUUGAUAUCUAGGUAUAUGUUGACUUAGUGUGAGCCCAGAUUGUCUGAAGGAGAAUUUACUUGUUCUCAUAUGCAACAGAUGUUUUCACGAGUGAUGAAAUUAUAAUUUUUUUCAUUCUGCAUGUUCUGCUCAGAAUGCCCUUGUCAAACUGGUAUCUCCCUUUACUAACUGUGAUUAUCUAUCAGUUGAACAUGAAAUGUCCUUUGUGAUCUGAUAACUAUCAUCCAUGAUUCCUAGAGUUUAGAUAGACUGACUUCAUUUGAACUCCCAUAUUGCCAUGGAAUGUAUGUAGUGAUAUUAAUCUAUCUUGUGAUAAUUUUUUUCACUUGAGAACACAACUGAACUUUUAAGAAAUUUGGAUAAUUGUUAGCUGGUGAUAUUUUCCUGGUGUGACCUUGUGAUGUGGAGUAAUAGUCUGUAGUUGGGUGAUCCUGUAUCAGUUUGUUUACUUUUAUUACUGUAUGACCAGAUAUCUGAAUGUAAUGACGCAAGAAGUGCGCGAAAGAAGAAAAACCUACCAUGAGUGAAACAAAAAAAAAAUUAGAAAGCUUGCUUCAGGAGGUUUCCCAACUUUAUGCUAGUUUUCAGUGGUCAUCCUCAUUGAGAUUUCCAAUACCUGGACCUGUGCAAAUUUUGCAUGUUUUAAAUAACUUGUAUGACUCUGAAUUUGACUGGCAUGAUCUUUAAUUCUAAAAAUAUGAAUUUGAUUGAAAAUGAAAUUUUGAUGGUGAUCAUUAUUGUAUCCCUGCAUCUAAUAAUAAAAAUUGUAUUCCUUGCCACAUCCCAAAAUAUAA